AUGGAGAUAACCACUCCAGCGAGAGCUGCCACUGCUAAUGGUAACUCUACUAAACAACUGAUGAGAGAUAUUUCUUUUAAGCCUAGAUUUCGAUACAAUUAUGGAUUCGAUGAGAAGUUCUAUGACUAUGCAUUAAAAUACAAGGAUGCAUGGCAGGAUAAACUAUUUUAUGUGGAUGAAGAUGCGAUGAUUGACGAAUUUAGAACAGGCGACUUGAAGAUUAAACAAUUUCCGACAAUUGAUACGAAUAGGUUGAAAAUGAGUGAUAUCAAGCUGAAAAACCUCAGUGAAGCCGAAAUCAAUUCACAAUUCGGUCUCAAUAAAGAUUUGUUACGAUUGUGUGUCGUGAGAGAUAAAGCGAAGAAAGAAACAAAGUUGCAAUUCGGUGAAAGUAUUGACUUGAACUCAUCCUUGAAAAGAAACGGAUUGGCAUUGAAUACUGGUGGACAUGUAACUUCGAUGAGUUGGUUGCCACAAAAGUUUAACGAAAAUGGUGCAAGAUACCAAUAUUUGGCUGUUUCUGUCAUUAAUAAUGCUAAUGGCUUGAAAGAUACCAUAAAUAACCCCCAAUUAAGCGUCUUUCAUAACUCAGCGGGUAAGGAUUCUUAUAAUGUUAAAUCAGCAAUACAAAUAUGGCAAUACGAUCUAAUAGAGAACAAAUUUGAAUUGUAUAAAUUUCUUAUAACGACUUCAAUUGGCGUUUGCUCACGUUUGACAUGGACUCCAAUAUAUAUUGGCGGAAAUACAGAUAUACUAGGUGUAUUAUGUGGUACAUUUACUGACGGUAAAUUACAUCUACUUAAAAUUAAACAGAAUACCAAGGAUACCCCAGAAUUAUCGAAGCUAAUGAAAUCUUCGCUUUAUUACGAAAUAAAAGAUCCAAGAGGGAAUAAUGAUGAAGACACUGUGGGCAUAACAUGUUUUGACUUUUUAAAUCACGAGAAAGUAAUCGUUGGACUGUCCGUAGGAUCAAUAGCUGAAUUCAUUUUACCCUAUUAUACAUCCGAGAUAGACGAUACCACCGAAGAAAAUGACAUAAACCAACCCUCAUUUGUUCAAACAAUUUCAGAAACACCAUUGACUUCCAUUUCAAUUGCUAACCCAGGUGAACUGAGCUACUUUAUUCUUAUAAAUACGUCAGGUAGUCAGAGCUUUGCCCUCGAAUAUGGUAACUUUCAACAAGGGAGAAUAGAAUCUUAUCCGACUAAUACUUUAUUAAAGCCAAUUUACAAUCAUAAUUUAAAAGUUUUUCUUCUAUCGGAUGCUUGGGAUAGUAUAGGUUAUAAUUUUGUCAGACAUCCACAAGAAAAGCCAAGUUCGGUACUAAAACUUGAUGGAGUCGUUUCCUCGUUCCACUCAUCUGAAGUAACUGGACAUCCUCUCAACAUUAGUGGGACAACGUUUGGCGAGAUUCAUAUCGUUAAUAUAUCGAGAAAGAUUCUUAAUGGUGCAAAAGCAACAAAUAAGCUAUUGAUACCGCUAAGGUUGUGGAAAUUACAAUUAAAUUCUGAUAAAAAAACUUUGGAGUUGUCGGGUGACUACGAAAUUGUACAGACUGACAAGUCAACAAAAAUCAGUGUAACUCCACCUGAUGUAAUAAUAUCGUCUCUAGCAUGGAAUGAGAAUUUGAAUGGUAGCUCAAUUUAUACUGCCGCUACGGUAACUGGGUUAUUAAUAUUGGAAAGAUUAGAUCCUAAAUAUAAUAAUAAUUAA